UCAGGCACGACGUUUUGCGCAACAACUCUAUGACGUAGGCACGUUUUGUUUUGUGUGACCUGUGUGUUCCGGAAAUGGGAUGACAAGCUUAUUAGUGCUUUAGUGUUACUCAUUAAAUUACACCAGAAACAGAUGAAACACGGAUUCAGGGGAAAGGUUGCUGUUCAGAUGAGGAGGGCUUGCCUGGUUGACCCUGUGUGUCACCCUACGUUGCCAUGGCAACGCCCUAUUUCCCCACAUUCCUGCUCCUUAUUUUUCUGUCCCUCUUCGCCCUCUUGCUUCUGACUUUCCUGCCCCCCGUUGCCCCAUCGAUUCCCUUUUCUUCCUCCUCUCAUCCCUCACCUUGGCCGUCACUCUCCUGCGGCCUGGGUCAGCCCUGGGCCGUCCGGCUCCACACUGGCCCACAUCACGAGGAAGAAGAUGGUGAACACAGCUCUGUGCACCUGGAUGUGAUAGCCGACAGGGUAGCAGAGCAGGCUGGGCUGCAGAACCAGGGCCAGAUCGGACAACUAGAAGGACAUUACUUGCUGUGUUCUGUCAAGCCUGGAUCUGUGGCCGAUAUCUGGAGCAAGAGUGUCCGGCCCGGUGACAUCCUGGCAGCCGACCCUCAUGUCCUGUGGUACUCCCAGGACAGAGUGCUGAGCCGUUCUAAGAGAUCGAUGGCCUUCAACGAUCCCAACUACCCUAAACAGUGGCACCUGCACAAUUCCAUCAGUAAGGGUAUGGACAUCAACGUAACAGGGGUGUGGGAGCGCAACAUCACUGGCCGAGGAGUCACGGUGGUGGUGGUAGAUGACGGCGUGGAGCACACCCACCAGGACAUCCAGCCCAACUAUAGUCCAGAGGGCAGUUACGACCUGAACUCCAACGACCCGGACCCCAUGCCUCACCCAGACUUCCACAGCGACAACCACCACGGGACGCGAUGUGCCGGAGAGAUCGCAGCCGUUCCCAACAACAGCUUCUGUGCUGUGGGGGUGGCCUACGGCAGCAAGGUGGCAGGUAUCAGAGUCCUGGACGGCCCGCUGACAGACAGCCUGGAAGCCAUAGCCUUCAAUAAGCACUAUCAGGUCAACGACAUCUACAGCUGCAGUUGGGGUCCAGAUGAUGACGGACACACUGUGGAUGGACCCCAUCCUCUGGGCAAGGCGGCGCUGCAGCACGGGGUGAUUGCAGGCAGACAAGGCUUCGGCAGUAUCUUCGUAGUUGCCAGUGGCAACGGAGGUCAAUUCGACGACAACUGCAACUAUGACGGCUAUGCCAACUCCAUCUACACCAUCACAAUCGGAGCGGUCGAUGAGAAAGGCAGGAUGCCGUUCUACGCCGAAGAGUGUGCAUCCAUGUUGGCUGUCACUUUCAGCAGCGGGGGGAGCAAGCUGAGGAGCAUUGUGACGUCAGACUGGUCCAUGCAGCAGGGGACCGGCUGUACGGAGGGACACACCGGCACGUCUGCAGCGGCCCCCCUGGCGGCAGGAAUGGUGGCCCUCAUGCUGCAGGUCCGUCCCUGUCUCACCUGGAGGGACGUACAACACAUCAUCACCUUCACCGCCACAAAGUGUGACAACAGUGCAGACUGGAGGGUGAACGGAGCUGGUUUCCACCACAGCCAGCAGCACGGCUUCGGCGUGCUCAAUGCAUGGAGACUCGUCAAUGCUGCCAAGGUUUGGGAGUCAGUGCCGUUUCUUGUGUCCUAUCAGAGCUCAGUAAUAAAGGAGGAAGCGCCCAUCCCAAAUUAUUUUGAUGAGCUGAUCCGCACCUGGAAAGUCUCUGCUGCUGACCUGAGCCUGUCUGGAAUGGAGACACUGGAGCACGUGGCCGUUACUGUGACGAUAGCCCAUCCUUGCCGUGGCAACGUGGAGGUUGUGCUGGUCUGCCCCAGCGGUAUGACAUCAGUCAUCGGGGCGCGCCGCGCCAUCGACAGAGACCCUGCAGGCUACCAGGACUGGACUUUCUCCACCGUGCGCUGCUGGGGAGAGAGAGCUGAAGGCCAGUACACCCUCAAGAUAUCUGACCACAAAGAGUCAACACUUGCGCAGUGUGCCACUGCAGGAGUGUUGAAGCAGUGGCAGUUGACCCUGUAUGGUUCCUCUAUGACCAACAGCGACGUCCAGGAGAGACAGAGGCUGGUGGAGGAGGCCAUGAGUGGGAAGUAUCUGGACAGUAGCUUCUCUCUGCCCUGCCCUCCAGGCCUGGACAUCCCUCCAGAGAUCGUCAGCCCCUUCACCUCCAACAGCCUCAAGUUCCUGCUGUUGCUGGGCUGCUUUGCUCUCUUCUGGUCCCUCUACUACACACUGGAAGUUACACUGGCCCACCUGGACCUCAGGGGCCUCCUCUGCCUGCGCAGGAGACGAGGAGGUCACCGGGCCAGGGGAGGGCGCCGAGGGAAAGGAGUGGAGGAGGCGGUGGUAGAGGAGGAGGAGGAUGCGGAGGAAGAUGAGUGGGACUCAGGGGUGGAGUUGCACGCAGUUUUGGACUUUGAGUCCAAAGUGCUGCUUUUAAAUGGGGAGGCAACAUAGCACUGAGCCAGAUGAUGGACCGUCUAUGCUCAUGGGACGUCUCAGGCUUUCACCCUCUCCUCCCUCCCCACCCACCCAUCCUCCAGUCAACCUUAUCCGUGGUGGUGGGGGGUCACAGUGUAGACUGCAGAUGGACUUGACUGAAGAGUGGAUUUGUCUGCAUUCCCCAAACACGUGGCCUUUUAUGAAAAUCUGUGUUUGUACGAGUGUGAGUGUGUCCUCAUAAGGAAAGAUGAGAACAAUCCUCCAAAGUGAAGAUAUUUUGGUUAGAGUAAGGGUCAGGCAUUAACCUGAGGGACCUAAUAGGGUUUAAUGCCCCAGUAUAACUGCAUGUUUGCAUGCGUGAAAGUGUGUAUACAAGCUUGUCUGCGUGUAAAUUCGUGCCCACAGAAGAACUGAGCUUAAACAUUGCUGGGAUAUACUUUACGAACACCUGUGGGGGUCAUUAAACCGAGAGAAAGAUUUUUUCUUUUUAAAUGUGAUGUGCACUAUAGGAAAGUACGAAUCUGCGUGUGUGUGAGUGAGUGUGUGUUGUGACAUGAGUGGGUGUGCUUGUAAUAUGUAAGGUCUUCCAUAAAAGAAUGUCCUCAAAUAUGAGGCUCCAAGAAAAUACUGAUGAUUUGUUUUUUUUAUAAAUUAGAUUUAUUUUCUGAGGUGUCGUUGGAUGUAUUUGAUUUUUAAGUCUGGGGUCAUUUUCUGCGGGUUAUCAACCAACUACUGAUGAAAAAACUUGAAGUGGGAUUUUCAAGUGUGGGAUUUGUAGAUGUAUUUUUUUAUGAAGUGUAAUAUAUACACAACGUGUGCCUGCUGUACAGAUAUAUAUAUUAAGUGUGUUAAAUGAUUUAUACAAAAGUGUUUUGUAAGAAUGUAUUAAAGAGUUCUAAUUUUUUAUUGGAAAGGAGAGUUUGGAGUGAAACUGGAAGCUGUGUUUUGCUGUGCAAGUCACAGGUGAUCUGAAUGAUAAUAAAAUACUUGACGGAAUA